GGACAUGUAUCCAUAGAGAUAAAACUAAAACUCAGAUAACAUGCAGUGCACAUUAUUAUUUCAAUAGGCAAAGAGUGAACUGAGGGGUUUAAGGUUUGCAAUGAGUUCUUGGCAUACAAAUAUCUAUAUUGGUGAAGGAGCACAGAGAACGUCUGCUGAAAGAAGGAAGUUGAAGAAACAACAGGAAGAAAUCCAGGAGGACCAUCGUGCAUACCUUUCCAAGAGAGAAGCAGAGAGGAGAGAGAAGGUGGAAAAACAACGAAAAGAUUUAGAGCAGCUACAACAGUAUAAUCCAUGGGGGAGACCAGCUGUAGGUGUAUCUACCAAAAUCUCAUUUACACAUCCUCACUCCCAGAGUGGUUGUGGAUAUGAUCCUUAUGGCAAGCCGGGGGCUGGAGCGCUACUAAGGACUAGCUCAGGGAAGCUCACCACUCACAUCAAAGGAGCUAGGGACAUCAAAUUCCAGGAUCACCUUAAGAGAGAAGUUGACUCCAUGAGAUGUCUACCCGGUGGUCCUGAGAAAAGUGGGAGGCAGAAAAACUACAAGUUGGAAAGGUCUGACUCUGAAAAGUUAUUAAUGAUAGAGGAGAGGAACAGGAAAUUGAUCUAUGGGAAGAAAUUAGAAGAGCAGCGCCUUGAAGAUAUUGAUAGACGUGAGAGAGAGAAAAGAGAGUUAAAGGAUGCUCCUUCUGACUACAUCUGGGGUAGAAACGAAGUAUCCCGCAGGGACGCACGAAAGAGGGUCAUGGACUGGGACACCUACAGUUCAGACUCUGGCUUUACCAGUAUAGCAGCUCAGAUGAGGAAAAGAGGAUAUGAAGCACCUAUUCCCAUUAUUAAUCAAGGUGUGGAAGAGUUUGACCCGUGGGGUAGACCAGGCGCAGGUGCUCCUAUGAGAAACAGACAAGGCCAGGUAAUGCAGCUCGGUCGAGGGUGUGGGGUCGAUAUGGCUACUUUAAUGAAAGCUAAAGAUGUGGAAAGAAAAGUUGAUCAUCGACAGAAAUAUGGAGAAAAUCAUAACCCCAACUCCCGUGGCUCUAAGAGCUACUACACUGAUCUCCAGGAUCAGGCUGAACUGAGGCACAAGCAGCUACAACAGAGGAGACACGAUGACAAGAAACUAGAUGUACUUCACACAGAGACUAUGGCUCAGAUGUGGGAAAAAGAAGGAAGACGACGACAACCAGAUGAGCAGAAUCAUGUGCUUUCUUUCAACGAACCUUGGAGGAGAGCUGGAGCAGGAGCCCCUCGGUUGAAAAGACAUAGCCAACUGGAUGCAAUUCCAGGGGCACAGGAGGUCCACUCACACUGGAUGGUAUAACACUAACUCGCUCAUUCACAUAAUUUUCCCACUCCACCCUCAAUCAAUUAAUAUUACAAAAUGCA